GAUAGAGAAGGAGAAGAAGAAAAGUUUUCCCUCCAAAAAUAGGGUGUGGUCUCAAGUGAGUGAGCUUUGAAGUUGAAUCAAUCGUUAUCAUGAAAGAAUUUAAUGCAACGAUGAAACAUCUCUUCUUUAAAUCUCCCAAUCACAACCACUGUCCCUUCGCUAACUCCCACUCCGUUCCCCACCGCCGUUUACGCGUCGCCGAUAUUCUCCUCGCCGGCGCUGACCACGACGCCGUUCAUUGCAUGGACGCCGUUUCGCAAAAACCUCACAGUCCUCCUUCUACAAAGUGUUUUUCGCCUCGGAGGCUUCUUGCUUCGCUGUUGGCGCCGCUCAGGCCGGCCAAGGAGCGGCUUCCGCCGCGGCGCCAGAAUGAGUGCGGUGAUUUGGAGACGCCGCCGUUGCCGGAGAACGAACUAAAAGGAAGCGACGAUUCCAGACAGUUACAUGAGAAUGAUACGUCUUUUAAGCUAGGAGUUGGUUGUGGUUUGCUAUAUCUGAUUGCAGCAAGUAAAAAUGAGCUUGGAAAAAUGGUUGAGCUACGGGAAGAAAUGGAAACAUUCCUUCAAAAGGUGAAAGGGGAACUGCAAAGUAAGGAUGCACUUCUUAAGCCGUUGAAACAAAGUGAUGCUCUUGCCCUUUCCAUGACUGAUAUUCAAGAAGUUUCCAGCUCUAAUAGUCAUCUCUCUAUUCAUUCACAAACACAGUAUGUUCAACCAGAGUUGGAAUGCGACAUGAUUCGUAAUCAUUUUCUAGAAUAUAACUUAAAUGAACAAGAUGAACGCGCAGAGGAAAUAAACGAGCUCCAUGCAGAAUUUGAAAUUGAGUUACAACGGUUGCAGCUGUAUUUAGACGGAGAAGCUGCAUUUGAAGAUGCACAACAAAAGGGAGUCAAGGUGACUGGUAAGGACUCUAGUUCAAAGAGCCAUAGUUCAAGUAUUGGUGAAAUAAUAAUGGAACCUCAAGGAGCAAGUUAUGAUGUAUCAUUUGGAGUUCCACCAGUUGAACUGGAGAGAAGGUUGCAUGAAUUGCUUGAAGCAAGACUGAAGGAACGGAUAUCAGAGCUGGAGUCUGCAUUAGAAUGUGCCACACAAAAACUUAUUAAGAAAGAAAUAGAGGUAACUUGGUGGAAAGAAACUGCACGACUUAUCUCACAACAUGUUCCAGAAACUUCUCGGUUUACUUUCCCACUUGAUCCUGAGAUGGCCUUGAAGUUGAGUCAAGCUGUAGGAUAGCUUUUAUGAAAGAAGACGUUUGAACCACAGAUUAUUUUUAUUAGCUGUUAGAGUAUGUAAUUUUAGUUUUCUGUUAAUGGUUUCUAUAAUUGAUGUAUUUAGUUUUGGUUUAUAAUACUUAGUUAGAUAUAACUAUUCUCUGUUACAAGUCUUGUAUAUAUAUAUAUAAGACCUCUGUGUAUAGUGUAAUAGUGUGACUCAUUCAAGAAAUUCAAGAUUCACUGUAUUGUGGGUAGGGAUGGCAAAAAAACCCACACCCACGGGUAUCUGUGGAUAAAACCCGCUACAGAUAAUAAAUGGAUAAGCUAAUUGGAUACCCAUGGAUAAUGGGGACGGAUAAUUUUUUACCCGUUUAUAAAUGGAACGGGGGCGGGUAUGAUGAUAUCCAUACCUGCGGGUACCCGUUUAAUAUUAUUUCUUAAAUAUCCUAAUUAUCCUUGUAUCACAUAACCUUAAAAUUACAUUCUCUCAUCUUAUUUUC